AUGUCAAUUUCGGAGAACACUACGAACGUUAUUAGGGUUGCGAGGAUGUUAAUGCACAAACUUGGUGGAACUUUUCAAGAUUUCCAGAAUCGCGCCUUCUCUGUCCUCACACUCGGCGAGCAAUGGGCGAGUUUACAGGAAUCUUUGGGUAUGAUUCACAAUUCGCUGGAGAGUAGAGUCAAGGUGAUUGAGUCGAAGGAGAGAGAACUUGAUCUUGUUCAGAAUAGAGUUCAGCAUUUUAAUAAAGAGGUUGAGUUGCAGCACAAGAAGUUGGAGUUUGGGGAGAAGUGUUUGAGUGAGAGAAUUGAAGGUGUGGAGUUUAGGGAGAGGCAAGUGAGGGACUGGCGUGAGUCUUUGGAAUUGGAGAAGAGAGAGGUUUUGGAGCAAUGUAGGGCGAUGGAGUUGAGGGACAAGCGGUUUGAGGAGGGGUUUGAGCGAGUUAGGAAGGUGGAUGUUGCGAAGGAGAGGGUUGAGGCGAGGCGGAAGGCGGUGGAGGACAGAGAAAAUAAAGUGGAAGAGCGGCAGAGGGCGGUGGAAGAGCAGCUGAGGGCGGUGGAAGAGGAGCGGCGGGCGGUGGAGGAGCAGCGGCGGGCAGUUGAUGCGAAAGAAGAGGAAGUGGAGAAGAGAGAGAGGGUCUCUGGCGAGCGCGAAGAAGAGUUUUGUGCUAGAGAGAAGGAAGUAAAGGAGGAGUUUGAAUUGAGGGAGGUGGUAAUCAUUGAAAGAGGGAAUUCAUUAGAUGUGAGAGAAAAAGAAUUGAUUGAGUUUUCUGAAAAAUUGAAUUUGAGGGUUGAUAUAAUGAAUAGGAGGUUUCAACUGUUGGAAGAAAAGGAGGGAAAACUGGAGGAGGGUAGGAAAGAGUUGGAAUCGAAAGAGGAGCAAAUGGAUGAGGUGUACAGUUUGCUUGAGUUGAAGGAGAAAGAGAUAAAAGUAGGAAGCGAAAUGUUGGUGUCGAAAGAGAAGAUGUUGGGGUUGAAGGAGGAGGAAGUGAAGGGGCAACUGAAGGGACUGGAGUUGAAGGAGAUGGAGUUAAAUGAGCGUUGCGAUGUGUUAAAGGCUAAAGGGAGGCAAAUUCAGGAGCGAGAAGAUGGUAUGGAAUUGAAAGAGAAGCGAUUUCUGGAGCGUGCAGGAGAUAUGGAGGUUAAAGUAAAGGCGAUUGAUGAGCGUUUUGAAGUGUUGCAGGCAAAAGAGAAGGGAAUUCUGGAGCUUAGAAGAAAUAUGGAGUUGAAAAGGAAGGAGAUUAAUGAGUCUUUUGAAGUGUUAGAGGCACAAAAGAGGCGAAUUCUGGAACUUGAAAGAGAUAUUGAGUUGAAAAGGAAGGAUAUUGAUGAGCGUUGUGAAGAUUUACAGACGAAAGAGAAGCAAAUUAAAUUAAGAAGCUUGAAGAAGAGUUGGAGUUGA